UUCUAAGAUCAGGGUUUUGGGAGCGCUGCUCGCUUGGCCCGAUGUUUGUCAAGGUAGGGCAUCCCGCGGAUCUCAACAAGAACACAGAGUGGUUCCAGUACCCUGGAAUCUGGACGACCUACAUCCUCAUCAUCUUCUUGUCAUGGCUUUUGGUGCUAUCGCUGCUGGGAUGCUCCGUGGGAACGGCAUGGACGAUUGUCAAUCUGGUCCACUUUGGAGUGACGUACAAUUUCUUCCACUGGAAGAAGGGGACGCCGUUUGCCGAGGACCAAGGCCUGUAUAGCAAAUUGACGUGGUGGGAGCAAAUGGAUCACGGGCGGCAGCUCACGCGGAACCGCAAGUUCUUGAUGGUGGUGCCAGUGGUCCUGUAUCUCAUCGCGUCCCACACCACGGACUACAAGAACCCGUUCCUCCUCCUCAACACCAUCGCGGUGCUCGUGCUCGUCAUCGCAAAGCUUCCUCACAUGCACAAGGUUCGCAUACUUGGCAUCAACGCUGACUAUCCAACUUAGCGACGAACACACAAGCUUUUAGUUUUUAGUAAGAGCGCUUGUACAUGACACAGCAUAUGUAUAAGAUGAAGCUUUCAUGUUUCUUUUCGAAA